AUGGCGGACUCGACAUACAUCAAACCGGAGCCCUACAUCAAGCCCGAUCCCGAAGCCAUACCUGCCGCUCCCGUCGACGACGACGAUCUAUACGAAGAUGCUGGCGACCUAGAGUUCUUCGAUCAAUUGAGCGAUCAUGGCGCCUUUGGGCAGGCAUACUUAGCACGCGUUCCGAAGGACCUGUGGGAAGCAUGGGAUAGCUUGCCGGAUGACGCAGAAAUCGAGAUUGGCACCAUGCGACAGUGGGACGUGGUCCGUCCAGAUGGCAGCGUUGAGCAUCGAUUCAAAAUGCUACUCAAUUCCGAACGCGCCGAGCACCAGCUGAUGCCGAAGGAAUACGACUUGGAGAUGGGGAAGGACAUCGCACGCAGCACGUUCAUUUUCACUGAGGAGGACCUGCCUGGCUUCAAGGCGAAAUCCAAGGCACGAACCGACGCGGCAAACGCUGGCAUCCCGGCUCGAUUCCUGAGACCCAAGACGGAGAAAGUGGAGAAGAAGCCAUUCGAAAAGGGUCGCCGAUGGCAGCCAUACUACCGCAAGGCGAUUCCCAAGAAGACAAAGAUUGCCGCUAGAAUCCAAUACGAAUUGGCGUGCAAGCCUGUCGACAAUGCCGAGAGCCAGGCAAUUCUCCAGCGGAAGCAAGUCGAGGCUCAGCGGCCCAAGCAUACCCUGCAGAUCAUGGAACAGCGCGCAGCCAACAGUAUUAUCCACCAUGGAUCUGCUGCUGCGGUUGAGAAGUUUGGCUCCUUCAUCAAAACCUCUGCGCCUACCAAGGCCACCAAGCCCAAGAAAUCCGAAAACAGAUCCGCCCGCAUGUCGGAGGAACAACUGCUGGAUGGUCUCAUGGAGGCUUUCAGGAAGUACGAGUACUGGAAAAUGUCAAUUCUCAAGGCUAGAUUUGACCAGCCUGAGGCUUUCUUGCGCCAGACAUUGGAGAAGAUCGCAGUACUAAACAGGUCCGGCAUUCACGCCAACGAGUGGUCGCUUCAAGAGCACUUAAAGAGCAUGGCAUCCGGCGCCACUAGCGAAACGGCACCGGAGGAAGCCGCCGCAGAGGAUGAUGACGACGAAGUGGUUAUGGAGGAUGUUGUCUAG